GCACCCACUCUGUUAAUGUUUCAUUCACUGGGAUUAGAGGCUGCAGCAGCCCCUGAGGCAGAGAUCCAAAGGGCACCAGCCGCUGCCAGGCCAGGUCCUCCCUGCCUCCCAGACACCCCAUCGCUGCUGUGCUCUCCGGAGCUGUCCCGGCCGCAGGACAGAGACUCUGCAGCUGAGCGGAGCCCUGUGCCCUGCCCAGAGCAGCCUGAGCACUGGGGACAGGCAGGUGCCUGCACCCUCUUUGCUGGAGGCCACGAGGACCCAGUCCAGCUGGCGAUGCUGAUUCUGAGCUGCUCCUCCAAGCUGCAGCUGCUGGAGGGGGUGCUGCGGCAGGGCCUGCCCAAGACGUUGCCGGUCCAUGGCAGCAUCAUGAACAUCAACCGUGGGAACCCAAGUAGCUACGAGGUGCUGGUGGAUUCUUGGCCAGACUUCAAAGCUGUCCUUGUCAGGCCACGCAAAGAGGUGGUGACAGACAACUCCGAUGUAUUUACUAACAUGCACGCAGCCUUCUACCGGGACCUGGGUGCCUACCGGGCUCUGCUGGACAGCCCGGGGGCCAUCAACUGGGGCCACACAAUCUACAUCAUAGGGCUUCAGGAUGGGCUAUACGAGGCCUCCAGGGAUGUUGCCAAGGCCAAGGGUGUCCAGGUAAAUUGGCAGUGCUACUUCACCUUCUUCCACCCUGACCCCAGCACCAUGCCCGACAUCCGGCUGGACCCUACCAUGAAACUCUCAUCCUUGAAUGCCUCCCAUGUUGAUUUGCUGAACGCGACAUGGGCCUAUGGGGGGAAUGAGCAGAGCCGGCAGUACUUGGCCCGCCUGAUUCGCAGCUUCCCCAGCACCUGCCUCCUGGAUGCAACAGGCUGCCCUAUCAGCUGGAACAUCACUGACCAAUUCGGCACCACGGGCCAUGGCUACACCCUACCCAAGUACCGCAGCCAUGGCUACAAUAGCAUUGUGGCCAUUGUCACGGCCAAGCGGCUGCAUGCACAGGGCUACCCCAGUUUUGGCUACACCAGUCUGGACAACUACCCCAUGCAAAGGCUGCAGGUGAGCCAUGGGUUCCGGCUCCUGCCCAGCCUGUCCUACUUCAUCAACCAUCAUCCAACACCACGCACAGUUCCCUCCUGAGCCCCAUGUCCAGCCAACCAGGGCUUCAGAGCUGGGGGAUCAGUUCUACACCCAUGGGCCCAAUGGCACCAUCCCCACUGGGGAGCUGCCCUCCCCACCCCAACCCCAAACCAGCCUUACCCAUGUAUCCUACUUCCCACAGCCCACUGAACUGUUGAUGUUCUUCCCUCCAGCAGAGCCAAGUGGUCACUGUUGUCCUCUCUGCUCUCAGUCAGAACAGCCCAAAUUGCAGUCAGCCCCUAAGGUGUUCCCUGCUUAUUCUCCCCCCAGGCCCAAAGAGGCAGCCCCCAGUCAGGUUUCACUCUCCCCCACCACCUUGUCACAACUUUCCCCAUCAUAGCCUGCCUACAUCAGCUCUCUGCCCUUUGCUUUUGGCCAUGCUGCCAAACCAUAAGAACCAGUUGAACUGGAGAGGAGUUGGCCUGUGAAACUUAGGAGAGGGGCAUGGUGUCAUGCACAAACACCUUGGCUGCUGUCCACUAGAGGCAGCAACUCCCUAAAGGUAAAGAAUCUGUCUUGGUUAAUCCAGGGUAAAAUGCAUCACCCUGUUGUGAUUAUUCCCAGAGCAAGUGGUAGGGAUCUCCUGGAAUGCAGAGCUAAGGUUCACCAUGGGAAGAAACCCAUGGACAUUCACCUGGGAAAUCCCUUUAACUCUGCUCCCUGAUUGUGAGGCAUGGACAGUGCAAGGAUCCCAUGGGUGUCUUCACAGUUUGAUUAAAUUGAUUGCUGAAGUCA